GUCCAGCCGCCAGACCCCUGAUCGGGAGAGACUGAGAGGGCUGGCCACCAUGCAUAGCUCCUGCAGCCUCUGGGCAACAGCCCUGUCCCCACUGCUGCUGCUGCUGACUGCUGCUGGCCCCACCUCAGCCCUCACAGAGGAUGAGAAGGAAACCAUGGUGGAGCUUCACAACUUCUACCGUGCCCAGGUGUCCCCCCCAGCCUCAGACAUGCUGCAGAUGAGGUGGGACGACCACCUAGCCGCCUUCGCCAAGGCCUAUGCGCAGAAAUGCGUGUGGGGACACAACAAGGAGCGCGGGCGGCGCGGGGAGAACUUGUUCGCCAUCACCGAUGAGGGCAUGGACGUGCCGCUGGCCGUGGGGAACUGGUUUGAGGAGCGCGAACACUACAAUCUCAGCACCGCCACCUGCGAUCCGGGCCAGAUGUGCGGCCACUACACUCAGGUAGUCUGGAGCAAGACGGAGAGGAUUGGCUGUGGUUCCCACUUCUGUGAGUCGCUCCACGGAGUGGAGGAAGCCAACAUCCAUUUGCUGGUGUGCAACUAUGAGCCCCCGGGGAACGUGAAGGGGCGCAAGCCCUACCAGGAAGGGACUCCUUGCUCCCAGUGCCCCGUUGGCUACAACUGCAAGAACUCUCUCUGUGAGCCCACAAGAAACCCGAAAGAGGAGCAGGAUUCUCCUCCACGGGUGACUGAGGUCCCUUCCAUCACCCGGGCAACUGAAGCCCCAAGCUCCAGGGAAACCGGUACUCCGUCCCUAGCAACCUCUGAGACUCUACGUUUCUCCUCGGUAACAAAGGUCUCCGACUCCCUGGCAACCGAGUCCUCACCUGCCGCAGAAACAAAAGCCCCAUCUUCCUUAGCAACGGAAGGCCCUUCCUCCAUGGCAACAGAGGCUCAAUCUUUCCCGACCGAGGUCCCCUACGUUUCCACUACGCACACCCAGCCCUCAAGGGAUGAGGGGCCAGUUAAUUUCCUCACAUCAGCGCAUAUCCCUGUCCCCAAAUCUACGGACAAAGAAGGCAGCAAGUCGAGCGCAACCUCCGUGAGCCCAGAGAAAUCUCUGUACCCUAAGAUGUCCCUGACACAGACAGGAGAGUCCCUACCCCUGGCCCAGGAGGAGGCUGAGGCAGAUGCUGAGUUGCCUGAAGCAGAGGCAGAGGCAGAGUUGCCUGAGGCAGAGGCUGAAUUGCCAGAGGCAGAGGCUGAAUUGCCUGAGGCAGAGGUCCAGUUGCCUGAGGCAGAGGUCCAGUUGCCUGAAGCAGAGGCUGAAUUGCCUGAAGCAGAGUCCCGGUUGCCUGAAGUAGAGGCCCGGUUUCCUGGGGCAGAGGGCGAACUGCCUGAGGCAGAGGCCGAGCUGCCUGUUUCCAGUGAGGUGGUGGUCCCAGUUCUUCCAGCCCAGGAGCAUGGUGGGCCGCAGGCCUCACUGGACCACUCGGGCCCCCCUGCCUCCACCUCCCUGCCCAACUUCCCCAGUGUCUCUGCCGAGGCUAAUGCCACAGGUGGGCGCACCUUGGCCCUGCAGUCACUCUUGACAGAUGCCGGCUUGGAUUUGGAGAAUUCUGGUCACGUUCAGGGCCCUUUCCUGGGACUGCUGCUGCCUCCUUUGCUGUUGAGUGGAAUAUUCUGAAGGGGACACUCAGGCAAGGCCUGGGAGAAGAGGUAGCCGCCUGACUGCUGUGUCCUCCAUCCUGUCCCCAGCCCUCAAACAAGGCCCUCUGGAAAGGAAAAGCUGUGGGGUCCAGCUCACCAGAAAUUGUACACCAAGACCCUUCCUGCCCCUUACAGCAGAGCUCCACAGAGGACAUGAUUCGGAGGAUACCUGCCUGACCCACAGGGUGAAAGAGGGGUGCUCUGCUCCCAAUCUCUGAGUGUCCAUGUGGCUGGGACAGCAGACCAUGAGGGGCAGGUGAAGAACAAGCCCCACCCAAGUGGGGUUCUGUGGGUGGGAAGACAGGGAGCCAGGGAACCCAGGUGGCCUUGACUCCUGAAUAAAGCAUGUCUG